AUGGCGAUGCUCAAAGACAAGGUUGUCCUAAUUACUGGAUGCUUCAGCGAAAUUGGCCUCUCCACCGUACAUGCGUAUUUGAGUGCGGGUGCCAAGGUCUUUGGUUGCGAUAUUCAACAGCCUCCAGCCGAGAUUUCAACAUUUCCCAACUUUUUGUUUCAUAGCUGCGACGUUUCAAAGCAAGCCGACAUCGAUGCUACGGUAGAAGCGUGUCUGAGGUUUUUUGAUGGCCGCAUCGACGUCCUGCUCAACGUUGCUGGAGUGUCGGAUCAACUCGUUUCGGUUGAUACCCUAGAUGAUUCUCAGUACAAUCGAGUAGUCGACAUUGACUUAACAGGGCCGAUCAAGCUUAUGAGAGCCGUGAUACCAUAUAUGCGAAAGCAGAAGAGUGGUUCCAUUGUCAAUGUUUCGAGUAUGACUGGGCUGGGUGGUGCAUCAGGUGGUGUGGCUUACACCGCCGCCAAACAUGGUCUCAUUGGUGCUACAAAGAAUGUAGCCUGGCGCUACCACAGAAAAGGGGUCCGUUGUACUGCUAUUUGUCCUGGAGGUGUACGAAUCAAUAUCACAAAUGCAAUCAUAGGUGAUAUCGAUUUAGAAGCUAUGAAAAAUGCGAGGCCGGUGCUUGAUAUCCAUUUUGCGCCAGAAACGACGGGAAGCCUUGAUCAAAAGAACGAGCCUAUCGCCAAUGGCCCCAUCGGUCCAGAAGAGAUAGCAAAUGUUCUCGUCUUCUUGGGUUCUGAUCUCAGUUCUGCAAUCAACGGUGUAGCGCUUCCAGUUGAUAAAGCAUGGUCUUCUGUUUAA